AUGGAUAACUCCUCACCAGACGGAAUACAACAAAGCGCCACUAUUGAAGCCCCCACCGUAAUCUCCGAGCCGCGCAAGUGCUGGAUCUGCUACACCGAUGAAACCGAAGAUACCCCAUUGAACACAGAGUGGCGAUCACCAUGUCCCUGCGCCCUGACAGCCCACGAAGCCUGUCUCCUUGACUGGCUCGCCGACCUCGAGAACCCAAACUCUCGAAAACGAAACAGACAUCCCGCCAAAAUGCUCUGUCCCCAAUGCAAGUCCGAAAUCGUCAUCUCGCGUCCGCGAAGCCUUGUCGUCGACCUGGUGCGGGCUGUUGAGCGGCUGGCGGGCCGACUUGUGUUACCAGGCAUGAUCUGUACGCUGGCUGGAACUCUGUGGGCAGGCUGCUGUGCGCAUGGGGUGUACUCUGUAUACCUAACUUUUGGCUCGGACGAUGCGAAGCGGAUUUUCCAGAGCCGGAACGAAUCGACGUGGAAUCCGCGGUUGAAUAUUGGAUUACCCCUCAUACCCGUCGUGCUUAUACUUUCGAGAACGAAGUAUGCGGAGGGUCUGCUACCUGCUAUACCCGUUCUCUUUUUUGCCACGCACCAGCCUGGCAGCCAGGAGCUGGAGAUGGAUUUUUGGCCGCCCAGCGCUGCGAUGACGUUUGCAGCACUGCCAUAUGUGAAGAGCUUUUAUAGUAUGAUUUACGAGAAGGUUUUUGGGAAACUGGAGAAGAAGUGGAUUGCAGAGGUACAGCCGCGCUCGGGAGAAGCUGGUGCUGACGGACAGCAGGAUGGUGACCGUGGCGGCGCAGCGGUCGGAGGGAAUGGCGAUAUCCUCAUGGAGAUUGAUUUAGAGCUACAAGUCGGACUUGGGGGUGGAGGAAAUGAUGACAUUGACAAUAUGCCCGUGGUAGCGGGAGCAGGCGGCGAGGACCUUCCUGAUGACGGUGCAGCUGCCCAAAACCAAGAAGCAGGAGGCGCUGAGCAAGGCAACCAGAUACUUGGCCGGCGACAAGAGGCAAUAAUUCAUGAUACGAGCAACAUUGCAGACACGGUUCUGGGUGCACUGCUAUUCCCGGUCAUCUCAGCGUCGAUGGGUGGCGUGCUGAAGAUGGCAUUGCCGAAAGCCUGGACGACAGUCCCAUCAGUGGCAACGUCUUCUUCGCCUAUACUGGAGGCGAGCAGAUAUGGCUUGCUGCAAAAUACAUACGCGCCUACCUACCUAUCUUAA